CAUGAAGCGUUUUGUUGUCAUAGCAACAGAGUUUGCGUUCGCUAGUAACUUUACCGUUUUUUAUGGAGCAAACUUUACGAAUAUCUUUGUUUUUAAUCUCACAAAAGCAAUAGAAGAUUAGUCUGUAAAUCCAAAUUUAUAUGUUUUUUAGAAAUACAUCUGUGAGAGAUGAGGACUAUAACUUCAGCCAGCGGACAAGUGGAAACUGUAACCGUGAGAAGAAGUGAGUCAGCGGAUGCUCGGGGGAUUAACAGCCUUAUCUGCCCAUCAACGCAGGCAGUUUUUGGAACAGUCGAUGUGAUCCAUGUUCUAGAGAAGGCCAACCUGGCUGUGACCCUGGCCAAUGAAAAGGAUGACAUCCUGGCUCAUGCUUCCUUCUCUGACCACCCUGUUGGAGACUUGGUGGAUCAGGCUCAUUGGGAACUGUUCCUGCACAAACACUUCAACACUGAACAAUGCACACCUUUGAACACACUUUUCCUUCACCUUUUUGUGGCACAGAUGAAGUUUGCCACCGAAUGCAUAAAGGAGAUAAUGAGGGCUGUCUUCAAUGCCAUCACAGAGCUUGAAUACAUCUGUCUGGUCAGCCCAAACAUUAGCAAUUUAGAGCCUGCACUGAAUGAGAUGUUUGAACCGCUGCAGCGCCUGACUGACACUGGGCCUUCAUGUUUAGCAUUAAUCUGCCACAGACACAAUCACUGUCCCCGGCUUCAUAUCCGCCCAGCCAGGGUCGAUGAUCACGAUGACAUUAUGCACAUAGUUGAAGAGCAGACAAAACUGCUGUCAGUCAUCGGCCAGCCGUAUGUCCUGGCAGAGCUCAUUGAGGCACAGAAUGAGGAAAACCACACUGCUGUUUGUGAGGUUAGCGGGGUGGCUGCUGGCUUCAUCAGUGUUACUGCUAAAGUUGAUUUGAAACAGCUGCAUGACAACUUUGAGCUCACUGACUUCAAUGGCUUGUACAAACUGCAGCCUGCUGUUCACACUGAUGCAGGAGAAGAUGAAGCAGAAACCCAAAGUUCUCCUGCUCAGCGGUCAAAUGGAGCUUCAGAGAAACCCAGAGUUUUUUGUAUUCAGUUCUUCAUUAUUGAGAAGAAUUCUGAAAUGAGAUCAGUGGACUUCAUUCCAUACAUAUUCAAAUGUUUUCCUGACCUGGAUUUCUGCAUCAUCACGGUACCAACUCUGUCCCCGGAGUUUCCAUUGCUGCAGAGCUUCCUCAGGGUGCUGCCUCUCGCCACCAGCUUGUUGCAUCAGGAACUCUACAUUGCCCAUGCCACUGGGCUAAGGCCUGUGGAGGUGAGGCCGGCUGUGGCUGCAGACCGGCCAGCUGUAUCUGACCUGGUGAAGGGUCUGAGACUGAGUGAGUCCCUGCUGCAGGACCUGGACCACUUGUACGAGACCCGCAGAGACCAGGAUGGGGUGCCACUGCAGGCCUUCGUGGCUCAGGUGGACGGUCAGGUUGUGGGGAUACUGAUCAUCAGAGACGAGCAGGACACUGAGUACAUCUGUGCCCACUAUAACAUCGAGAACUUCAUCUACUUCAGUCAAUAUCACUACAAGGAGCACGCUCAGAUACGCCACUUCAUCCUCAAACCCUCCUUCCAGCACUUCACCAAACACUUGUUUAAGGAGGUUCUGCGGCUGGCUCACAGAUCCUGCCUGUACCACAGAACCUACCCCCCCAAGCACAGCCAGGAGAAUUCCUGUGUCCACCAUCUGGAUUUUGUCCUCAACUGUGUGGUCCCCGUCCGCCCACGACGCCAGAUCAUCUACCCACUGGAGGAGCUUGGCAUCAAUGCUCCGUCCAGGCAGAUCACAGAGGAGCAGGCACCGUUUGCUCUCAGGCUCAUCAGCAGAAAGUUAACCAUGGAACCAAAGGUCAUCGUUAAUGCCAGGAUUGUGGUGUUGGGGGCGUCAGACACAGGUUUAUCUUUUCUUGAGGUGCUUUGUUUCUGCCCUCACCUGAGGUUCAACAACCUAACCCUCAUCUCAACACACGGUUUCCCAGGUGACUACAACCAUGAGGACAUUGGAUUUCUGUCCACAAGUCAUGCAUACAGCAGCAGAGACUGGUCCCAAGAGUCCAGACAUGUCCUAGUGUCUGGUUUUGGGAAGGUGGCCUACGAUCACCUCAUCCUCUGUACAGGCCUGCAGUACCAGAUGCCCUGUCCCACCGGUGUGGAUGUGAGCCAGCCAGUCACAAACAGCCAGCUGCACGCUCAGUCCUCUCGCCGCAGAUACACAGGGCCCAUCCCCUCUAACCUCUUCACCCUCAAUGACCUCCAUGACUGCGUGACUGCUCGCCACUGGCUGUGUGCCAACUUUGUGAAGCUGGAGGAUAAUGCCAUUGUCUAUGGAAACAGCAUCGACGUCUUCACCACUGUGGAGACCUUGCUCAGCCUUGGAAUCCAUGGAUCUCGUAUCCAUCUAGUUCUCCCACCUCCUGACCCUGGCAUCUCCUGCUUCAGUGACCCCACAGUGGAGAAAGCCGUGGUGAUGGCCCUGGAGAAGGCUGAGGUCAAGGUCCACCACAACUGUGUGCUGGCCCAGAUGAACAACGGCGAACACCCCGAUCCUCUCACAUCAGCAUCAUUCACCACUGACACAGAGCCUCUCCACCUGCUGUGUGGAGUGUUCAUCAACCUCUCCAAUAAAGGAGUGGACUACGACGCCUUUAAGAGCAUCCACAGCUCCUUCAUGGCCUUUGAUAGUCGCCUAGUGAUAAAUGCCACUUUUCACACCAGCGAUUCAGCCGUUUUUGCUGCAGGGCCUCUAACUAGAUUCUCUCAUCGUUACUACAUGGAUGAGUGGACGCAUGCCGAUUUCAACUCCAAGGAGGUGGGCCAGGACCUGGCGGCCAUGUUGCUGCCCCUCUUCGACCCAACACUGGAGCCCCCAGACACGCCUGACAGGGAUCAUCUCGUGCCGCUUUACAAACAGGCUAAGAUUGAAGGUGGGAAGUUGCCUGGAGGAUAUAACUACCUGCACGUUACCAAACCGUCGGCUGCCAACUUGACAGGCCCUCCAGUUAAACCUUUACAGGACAGAGGGAUUGUGACCGGACGAGUGGAGACAGGGGACUACUUCUGUUUGCACCUUGACUGCAACGAGCUGGUGGAGACGAUCACCUGCUUCUCCAUAAAGCCCCUGCCUGUCUCAAAUUACCUGAGUCUGUACGGGAAACACCAGCAGCUGCUGGGCCAGCUGUUGACCCGCUACCACCAGGGCCUGAUCCUUGACCUGUACAGUUUCUUCAGACAGAGCUGGUGUUUGGCCAUUUACCACGACAGAUUCUCCGACUUCGAGCAGGAGCUUCAGCAGAUCACCUCCACUGAACACAAGGAUGCUGAGAGUCCAGAGGGUCUGGGAAGCAGUGUGAUCAAAUAUCUGACCUUCAACCAAAACCUGCUGCCCAUGUUCGCCUGCCCCAGACAACUGGGACAGAACCAAAUGAACGAGUGACUCUGCAGCAGCGUGACCAAUCACACGGCUGGAUAACGGCUGGAGAUGAAAGUGGAUGUGUGGCUUUUUGGAGGCGGAGGAGGAGGAGGGUGUCACUCUACAGCUGACAAAUCAAAACCCCGCCACCCAAAGGAGAGACACAUAAAGCCGGGGCACGUGUAGAUUUCUAUACAGGCUCAUCAGACCGUAAAAGCAGGAGGCCCCUGGCGUGUGCCCGGGUCGAGACGAGGAGGAGGAGGAGGAGGAG